UGACACGGAAAUUUUUUCAUCUUCUACAGGAGAAACACACAACUCACAAUAUGUGUACGGAAAAGUGUCCACUGUUUUUGUACCCAUUAGUGCUUAUCUCCGUAAUCUGUAAUAUAAUACUGUUUUUUCCAUGUUGGGAUGUUAAAUACGUGCAAAAUGGACAAAUUACAUGGGAGGUAAAACUUAUGGGAGGACUCGUUGGAGGAGGUUUACUGGUAUUGCUCCCUGCAGUUCACAUUCACCGGACUGGAAACAAAGGCUGCUGUGCUAAGUCCUGUGGAAUGUUUCUGGCAGCAGUGGGUAUUGUUGGUGCCCUUUAUAGUUUCUUAGUGGCACUGUUGGGCCUAUUCCAUGGGCUCUACUGUGGAUAUGGUAUUGACUGGACAACUCCCUUUAAAACAAAGGGUGAAAUUUACCUUAAACAUAAGCAUUUAUGGACAACAUGCACUAAGGCUGAGCCAGAGAACGUUGUGAUGAAGUUUAAUGUGGUUCUGUUCUCAGUGCUGUUGGUGACCAGCAGUCUGCAAAUCAUCAUUUGUUCUAUACAGAUCAAUGGCCUUUUUGGAUGCCUUUGGAAAAUCCUCAGGAACCAGUUCGCCCCACCAAGUAUCGUAGAAUCUUGCCUGUGUAUUGCGGGUGCCUGCUUCAGAAAGUAACUCAAUGUGUUUCGCUUUGGGCCCUAUUUUCACGAUCUAAGCGCAUUGUCUAAAGCGCACAGUGCAACGUCUAAAUGGGCGUGUCUGAAUCCACAUUUGCUAAUUUAACGACGGGAAAAAUGGUUUGUGUGCCGAGCGCACCGUUGAAAAGGUUUGGUCCUUUUUUUAAUGAGUAAUGGGAGUAUUUUGGGCGUAGCGUGCAAUAAACCAAUGAGAGUCUCAGCUCUCAUCCCUUUUAAAAGCCAGUUUGCGCUGGCGCUAUGUCUUAUCCCUAUUUUGAUGACGGACUUUGUAAACUGAAAAACUAAGCAGAGGAAGAAGAUCCAGUUUAAGAUUAAUGUUAAAUAAUUGUGUUGUUUUUCACUUGUACCGAAAUUGUGAUUUUUUAUUAAAACCUUCAAACCUCGUUUUCUUUUAGUCAUGGUAAAAAAAAGCAGGCUUUUAAAAGCAGGCUUUUAAUUGCUUUAAAUGUAUGGCUAUCCAAUAUCAUCAAAAAUGUAUGUAGGAAAAGGUUU